CAUCGACCAAAGUUCAAAGCUGCUUCCACCGUUUACUUCCAGCGGUUUUUAUGGUUUUAUACGAAGUGAUGCUGUGAGGGAGUAGCAGCGGAACCUUCCUGUGGCUCAGUGUCCAGACGUUACCGGGAACAUGAGCUACAGUUCGCUGUGAACGGUUUCACAUCUAGAGUUUUUUCUCAGUUCUCCUGUUUGUGAAGUGUGCCUGUAAAUUCAACCAUGGCUCGCGGCUGCAUCUGCUGCGUGAAGUACAUGCUCUUUCUCUUCAACCUGCUCUUCUGGCUGGGUGGCUGUGGACUGCUGGGUGUCGGCGUGUGGCUGUCGGUUUCUCAGGGAAGCUUCGCCACGCUGUCGCCCUCCUUCCCCUCGCUCUCUGCUGCCAACCUCAUCAUCACCCUGGGCACCAUCGUCAUGGUGACGGGCUUCCUGGGUUGCCUGGGUGCCAUCAAGGAGAACAAGUGCCUGCUGCUCAGUUUCUUCAUCGUUCUGUUGAUCAUCCUCCUGGCCGAACUCAUCCUCCUCAUCCUGUUUUUCGUCUACACCGACAAGGUGAGCGAAAAUGCCAGACGUGACCUGAAAGAAGGUCUGGUGCUCUACAACACGGAUAACAACGCCGGCCUGAAGGCGGCGUGGAACACGAUACAGUCGGAGUGGAGAUGUUGUGGCGUGUCGGGUCACAACGAUUGGUACGUGGCUCUGCAUGAAAACGUGGUUCCCGACCGAUGCUGCCAGCACAUUUUCCCCGGCUGCGGCCGCAACGCCUCAAACACCUUCUGGACGCGGGGUUGCUAUGAGAAAGUAGAGGAGUGGCUGGACGACAACAAACACCUGCUGGGAACCAUCGCCAUGUGUGUGUUGGUUAUACAGCUCCUGGGCAUGGCGUUCUCCAUGACGCUUUACCAGCAGAUCCACAGAGGGGGGAAGAAGUACGAAGCCUGACGUGGUUACGCUUAAAAUUAAUGAAUAUAAAUAUAAUCCGCUCCAUUUUGUUACCUUCAGCUUUUUGUUGUAUAGUCAGAAUACGCCAGAUUAUUAUUAUUACGGACCUUUUUUUAUCUCUCUUUAUUUUCAUCAGGUUUUUUUUGUGCAUAUCUUUUAGAACGUUUAUAUUUUUUAAUCGUUAAAAAAAUCACCUUA